CUUCCACCUCUGCACCUCCCCCUUCUCUCGAAUCUGCCAUGGUCGCAACAACAACAGAACAACUUUCAGCACUCUCAACUACCACCGUCGUGGUCCACCCCCUCGUCCUGCUCUCCGUAGCAGAUCACCAUGCGCGUUCGGUACCGCGGGGAUCCAGCAAGCGCGUCGUCGGUAUCCUACUAGGCCAAGACAAUGGUACAAGCAUCAACGUCGCGAACUCGUUCGGUAUCCCAUUCGAAGAGGACGAGAAGGACAGCAAGACGUGGUUCCUGGACCACAACUACAUCGACGGCAUGUGGGAGAUGUUCAAGAAGGUUAACGCGCGUGAGCGGAUGAUUGGGUGGUACCACACGGGUCCGAAGCUGCGCGCGUCGGACCAGGAAAUCAACGACCUGCUGAAGAGAUACAUUGCACACCCGGUUAUGGUCAUCGUCGAUGUACGGCCACAAACGGUCGGCAUCCCGACAGACGCGUACUUCGCGGUGGAGGAGAUCAAGGAUGAUGGCACGGAGACCCGGAAGACAUUCCUGCACGUUCCUUCAGCAAUCGAGGCAGAGGAGGCGGAAGAGAUCGGUGUCGAGCAUCUCCUGCGCGAUAUCAAAGACUCUACUACCACCACCCUCGCCACUCGCGUCGCAGAGCAGCUCGCCUCGCUACGAGGACUCCAGUCGCGCCUCGGCGACAUCCAGUCCUACCUUGUCGAAGUCGCAUCAGGGAAGAUGCCGCUCAACCACCAAAUAUCGUACCACCUUCAGGAUGCCCUCAACCUCCUCCCCGACCUCAACGACCAGGAGCUGACGCAGAGUUUCGCCACUACGACGAACGACGAGAUGCUCGUCGUCUACCUGAGCAGCAUGCUCCGGGCGGUCAUUGCCUUGCACGCCCUGGUUGAUAACAAGGCGUCCAUUGGUCGGGCAGAGCUAGAGGAGAGCAAAAGCGAAAAAGAGAAGAGUAAGAGUGCCAAGGUCGAGGAGAAGGGCGACAAGGACUCGAGUAAGACUACCAGCGACGAGAAGGGAUUGUAGAUACUACUUCGGACUAUCAUGCAUAAUGACCUGCGCUGUGUUCUCUCAUCUUCGAGUGUGUAAAGAAGCAUCAUGACG